UUCAAAUUUCAAAACGAUAAGAAGAUCUCAAACCCCCGAAACCCUCAUAACACACCCAGAGAGAGAGAGACGGGCAGAGAGAAUAAGAAAGAGACGGCCAGAGAGAAUCAAACACAUUGAUCCAACGCAGCCAUGAAAGAACUUCUCUCCGACUCAUCAUCAUCCUCCUCCUCCUCCUCCUCCUCCUCCGUUGCUGCAAAAUCAGUGACCACCACCGCCAACGUGUCCACCACUCCGAUCCGGGACGACCGAGCCGAGUCCAGAGACAGCUGCUACUUCCCCGGAUGCCGUAAGGAUGCCAACUGCGACUGCCAGAUCUGCUUGGCCAGCAUCAGCGCGACCCUCGACCUCAUGCCCGCUAGCAUCCAGAAAAGCUCCUUCACUAAGCUCUCCCCUUUGACACAGCCAACGGGGCCACUUCGCGCCCCAUUGUCCUUCGACCCAUCUGUUCUGUCCACCCCUGGGUCGAGCGUCUCGAAGACAGUGGACGGUCCGCGGAGCUUGAAAUCGGCUGCAUUGCGUGAGGGGAAGGCGAUGGGGAAGAAGAAGACAAGGUCGGGGUCGGGGUCGCGGCGAGUGAGGAGGUUUCUGGGGUGGGCUUUGUGUUUCGCGUUGAUAAUCAUGGCAGAUUUGGGGCUUCAGUGGUUGGUCUCAGCUGCCGUAAGGCCUGAGCUAUCGAUUGACGCAGUGAGGCAGAUUGGCGAGGAAUCUCAGAGAGUAAGUGAUUUGAUUAGGAAGAUCAGGUUUUUGCAGGCAGAAAUACGGGAUUUUGUUGAAGGCAGGGUUUCAAAUUGCAGUGACCGGAAUUCCGAGUGGAAGAUCAGUCAGGAUGGUCAGCUAUUGAAUUCUAGGUGCACACUGUAUAAAUCCAUGACAGAAGAGGUCAGCAUAUGGGGAUGGCCUUUGCAGACCGCAGGGCUUCUCAAAACCGGCGCUUCUUCGAGAUCAUUCACCAUCAUCAAAGGCAGAGUCACAGAGUGGAGCAAUGGAAACCUGGGCUAUGUCAUCCGAAAGGUAACUAGUUCUUGGGUGCACGGAAAAUGGAGUUCAUCUGUUGUGCAGCUUGAUCCUGGUACUUUGAUACUGGAGUACAAAAGGAGCUCGAUAUUGGAUGACUCGGGAUUUCUUAUGAAGGCGCUGGAGUUCUUGAAGUACCAGGUGACAAUAGUAAUCGGACAAAUGCAUCGACGGUUUUGGUAUUUUCCUGCUUUCGAGGACCAUCCCGUGCAGAUCAGAGCAAAAUAUAUCAGCAAAGUCCCAACUUGAGGAGCUUGUGUGCUGCAGAAUGCUUCGGUUCUUGAUUCUCAUCCCUUAUGAGAAACUCUUUUGGUUUUUCUGGGCAGCAAUCACAUUGUGAAAUUAAUAGCUCUUGAUUUUGACUAUUCUUUUGCUUUUCUCGGCCAUACUUUGAACAGCAUUAGUUUGAACAAGUUUUAGAUAACAACUGUAAUUAUUC